UGAGACGUUGUUGUUGUUUUAUCUUCUCCUGAACCUGAUAGCGUCUCUGCCGGGUUCUGUGAUUGGUUCUCCGGCGCUUGUCACUUUCCUCAGAUUUUUGUUGAAUGUAAAUCUUUCCUUUUCCUGUCUUGCUGAUCUCCUGCAGCCUCUUUCAGACACUUCCUGUCUCCGUCAGCGGCAGAUCGUUGCUCCGGCUCACUGAUGGAGACAAACGAUCGACCAAAACUGCCCAAUGUGUGUCUGCACAGCCACCGGGGGAGGGACCAUAUAACAGGAAGUGCAGAACAAGGACCUCCAUGGCGGGAUCUCCGGGGAUCAUGAAUCCCGUUCUUGUAUAUUCUAUUCAUGGUCAUCCUUUCUCUCCCCCCAAUACAGGUGUGAAGCAAGAUGGAGGAGACCCCGCGCCACGUGCCUCCCGCCUCCCCAGUGAAGCUUCAGGCCGUCGUGCCUCCAUUGCCCGCUCAGUCAGACUUUGUGGAGGUUGACUUGAACUCUCCUCGGCCUCCAUGGGGUGUCGUGGUUCCUCCUGCAGGGUCUGGAGAUCAUCUUCUUCCUCCUCAGAACUUUUACCCCCCCGGGAGCCACAAUGCCAAGGUGGCCUCAAAUCCAGAACUUUCCAAACCCUCGGCACCAAUCAGAAGAUCCCACAAGGUGGAAACCUCCGCUGACCCCCCUCAGCCCAGAGAAGGUCCUCCAAGGGGUGAAGGACGAGACCAGACAAGUGGCGGUAAGUUCACCCCAAACAUUUAGACCUCACAGAAGCACCACAGGUUCCAGCAAUCCUACAGAUUAGAGGAGGAGCCCCCUGGAGGAGGGAAUUGCCCCCAUUGUUUAGGCCGGGCUGCUAGAAAAUUUACCUGCCAGGUGUAGUUGCCUCGGCCAAUUGAUUUC